AUGUAUCAACAAGCGGUAAAAGUGGAACAAGUCGUUGCCAUCGCGACGAGGUCGGGCUGUUCGCAUCCUAGCAGUCAUUUUCCAUGUAAGCUGCUCAAGGCUUCCCUGGGUAAGAAAGCCAGCCCGGAUGUUUGGGCGGGGGAAGCCGGGACGGCCAGCGACUGUACGGCGAGUACGGGCACAAAAACCGAGACGGGCCCCUACCUUCCCCCAGUUUUCACCAGCAGCGGUAUCGCGCUCAUUCCCGAGCGUCUGUCCAUUGCCAGCAUCGGCUCACCUGUCACGGCUACAAGCGCCGAUGUGGACGAUGCAAUUAUGGAGUCCAUAGAAACGGAGCUAUUUGAAGGGGACUUUGGCUUGGGAGGGGGACCCCAGUGUGCGGCCUUCACCUCCAGCCCCUUCCUGUCCGGACCAGCAGCGCUGGCAUGCUGUCUGAUGUCAGGCUAUAGCAAACUGCCGGACAGGGUCGACAGUAGCGCCUGCAGCAGCGGCGCCUCGUGCGUCGCGACCGGCGGCCGCGGCGGCGCUGGAGGAGGGAGAGGAGAAGGAGGAGCAGGAAGAGGAGAUGCCGCCUCUGCUAGCGCCGUCACCACCGGCGGUGGUGGCGGCAACGCGACCGUCAGCGCGACGCUGACUGAGGCCCUUCGGUGCAGCGGCGACGCCGCAGCGGCGGCGGUAGCCGCCGCCAAUGCUGAUGUGGAGCGCAGCGGGACGCGCUUGAGUCGUGGGGUCGUCGCGAUGGAGGCGUUGAUGUUGAAGCCGGGGGCUGUCAAUCAUGGCGGAGUUAUGAUGUCGGUUGACGGUUACAAUCGGUUACCUAGUGGAACCAGCGCAUCGGCCUCUGCCGUAUCAACUACUUGCCACGUCGGUGCCAGACCGCGCGGCGUCGUAGAUUGCACGGCAGCGGCGGCGGGUGACCUAGUACGGCAGAUCGCGUCGCAGGACGGCUGCGCCAACGGCCUCCGUCACACCGUCGUCGCCGAUACGGCUCCGUUGGCUUCCUCCGCCGCCGCGUCAACACCUCAUUCAUGCCCCCAGCAGCAGCAGCAGCAGUGUCAACAGGCGGAUCAUCACGCACAGGUGUACGACUGGGUCGCCGGUAACGGCGCUGAUCCCUUAGAGGGCCGUACUACGAGGGGCGCGGUUGGCGGCAGCUCCUGCUCGUCCACAUCAUCCUCCGUACUUCCUGCGCAAGCUUGGGCGGCGGCAAAGGCGGGCGAGCAGCUGCGCACCGAUGCGCAAGGUAGCGGCAGCAUCGCCUGUAUGUCAGUCUUCCCGCCGCCUCAGCUGUACGACGUCCUGCCGGACAUCAGCGUCUGUGCAGCUGAUCAGGAUGGGUACCAGGCCGCCGCCGCCGCCGCCGCCGCCGCCGCUGCUGGUGCUGGUGCUGGUGCUGGUGCUGGUGCUGGCGGUGCUGACAUCGUUAAUGCCGCGAUUCGGGCGCUAUUGAGGAUGGAUCAGCCGCUCGACCUGCCGUACACUCAGAAGCUGCCGCCGCCUUCAGAGUACGACACGGCGCUCCACACUAGCUCUGCCGUUGGCGGCGCCGAUGGCCGGGAGGCCGACGGCGCUUUUGCGGCCGUACUUCCGGCGUCAGCGGUGUCCUCCCUGGAGCCAUCAGGCGUUGCGGCGGUUGACCGUUACCUCCAGCAAGUACUGCAAGACUCCAGUCCCGAGCGCCACGUGUUUUUGUGCAAGCGGCCGUUGGGGCUGGCGGCCUGCCGGGCGGUUGCCAGCUGCCUGCGGGUUUGUCCCGGCAUCAAGUCAAUCACGUUGUCGUACUGUGGCGUGGCGUGUGAAGGCAUUUCCGCGCUAUGCGACGGACUGCGCACGUGCCGCGACCUGCUUGUCCUAGACCUGUCGUACAACAGCAUCGGUGACGGCGGCGCCGCCGCGCUGGCGGCGGUCCUCGUGGACGUUCCGCAGCUGGCGAGCCUCACGCUGGCGGGCAACGCCGCUCUAACCGAUGUGGGGGUGGCGGCGCUGGCGGCGGCGGCGCGCGGCUGUAGCGCGCUGCGCCGCGUCGGGCUGCGCGGUACGGCAGCCUCGCCGGUUGGGCUCCGCGAGCUAGCUUCCGUACUAGCGGGUAACAUGAGGCGUUCGUCGUCACGGCGGGGUAGCGUGGUCACUAUCGGCGGUACGGCGGCGGUGGCUGGCGGCGGCGGCGACCGGCCGGUGACGUGGGAUGGUACGGUGGGUUCGGCCGCCGUCGCGGGCGCCAGCGAUGCCACCUACAUCUCGCAGCUCUGCGCACUGCUACAGACGCUCGUACAACCAGCGCUGGCGGCCGAGCAGGCGGUGGCGGAAGCGGUGGCGGAGCUGAUGGCGGCAGCGCCGAAAUCGUUCACCGCCGGCGGCAGCGGCUGCGGAGGUGGCGGCGCUUUGCUGUCGCUGGGUGACGGCGCCUGCGACGCUGCUGCCAACGAUGGCGGGCCCGAGUCCGACCUGUUGUCGUACUUGGCCGACGGCUUGACGUCCCGAGGUUACGGAGUCGCAGUGACGCAAGCCCUCGGCGGAGGCGCAGGCGGGGAAUGCCUGCGUAACCUGCGCCACAGGUUCCUGUCCGUGACCUGUCCGCUCGCCCCCGGUGUCGUACCGUCCGGGCCGCCGUCGCCCGCCGCCGUCGCCGUGGCGGCGGCGUCGCUGGCGCGAAGUGCCAGUGGGUCUUCCAUCGGCCAGCGCCGCGGCAGCCGCGUUGAUCAAGCCGGUGCGGCGCCGCUGCCGUACCAUUCCGGCAUUAUUAUUGUGGAUCCGGAACUUCGUGAGCAGUUUGAGGUGGCCAUGCCAACCGCGAGGUACGAGUCCCUGGUGUCGGCCUUGCCGCGGGUAUACGUGGGCGCCGAGGAGCGUCUUCCUCUCGUGGUUGAGGUAAUGUGUGACGAGAUGGCUCUGGCUCUGCGGUCCAAAGGCAUGAUCAUUCCUCCCUGGAGAGAAUCUUCCGCCAUGAUCUCGAAAUGGCAGCCCAAGCAGUCCAGGCUCCUAGUUCCAGGCGCCGUCGUCAACACAUCAACGGGCACAACCGCCACCCGAUUUACCGUUGGGACCAAAUCCGGAUCCGGAUCCAUGUCCGCUCGGAGCAGCACCGCCGUCACCCCGCGCGUUUCGCUGGCAGGCGGCAUGGCGGCGAGCACGACGACAACAGCCGCCACCGCGGCUGCUGCUUCAGCAGCAGCUUCGCUGCACAUGCAGCGGCGGCGGCAGGACGGUGACUACAGUGGCGGCGGUGCCGCAGUCGCCGCUUGGGCGGCAGUAGCGGCAGCGGCGCCACGUCUGCCUCCCGGCGGAGGCGACGGCGCUGAGCCAUCUCUAGGCGCUGAGCUGUCCCUCGAGAGCUCGCUCGAGUCGUCACGCGACGGCGGCGGCGGAGGCUGUAGCUCCAGAAGCGGUCACAACACCCCGGGGGUUUCCCUGCCCCAUUCUUUUAUGUUUCGGAGGUGUACGAGCACCAACAGCAUGUCCGCCUCCGUGGGGCUUAUGGGGCCCCCCGCCCUCAUCAGCAGCAGUAGACCCGCCACCGCCGCCACCGCCGCCGCCGCCGCCAUGGCUACUGUGACGGCGGGCCUGUCAGCGGCCUUUGCUAGCCGUACCACGACAGCCACCUGA